AUGGUAGACUAUUGGGUGUCCAAGGAGAGACACUACUGCAAGUACUGCAAUGUGUGGAUGCAGAGCGACAGGGUGAGCAUCAAGCACCACGAGCAAGGCCGUAGACACAAGGAGAAAGUCGACGAAACGCUUAAACAGAAGCGUAAGGCCAAAUCAGAUGCCAAUAACUCACAAAGGGAGCUGCAGGACCAGCUGAAGCAGAUUGAGGAGGCUGCGCAGGCCAAAUAUGCGCAAGAUAUGGCCACCAGACGAGCGCCACCUCCUCCACCUCGUCCAGGACAGAGCAACGCACCGCCCCCACCGCCAAGGAGACCAGGUCAGAGUGCUGGGAGACAAUUUCGCCCUCCUGUCCAGCUGGAAGAGGAGCCCGAGGAUGAAGAGGACGACAAUGGCGUCUACGCUGUGCGUGGUGUUGUCUAUCUGGAAGGUAAAAAGCACGAAUCACAAUUAGAGACAGGAAGCGCGUGUCAGAUUUGGGUCGAAGAGGCCGAGCAAUGGGUCGACGCUCUGGUGGAACAGGCCACAGUGCACACCGUUCCUAAUACCGAGGUGAGUUUCAGACGCUUCACAGUCAUGUACAUGCUGCCGCCGUCUGAAGAAGCAAUGAAGAAUGGAGAGAAAGCGGAGCCCAUGACAGAAAACGAAGUGCUGGCCGAUCGGCUACGUAUCCCAUUGCCAGCCAACGUGACGCUGGAAGCUGCAGAGGAAAUGGUGGAGCAAUGGCGCAACGGCGACGACGCAACACAAACCAAUACAAAACCAUCGGUAAUAAUUGACGAGACCACUGGCAUGGGCGUGUGGAGUACAGUGGAAGUACGGCAGAUUGACGAAAGCCCCGAAGCUGUGGUGAAACGUGCAGCGGAGGCAGAAGCUGAAGUGGAGCGAACUGCAGAAGAGCAGAAGCGUCUCGAUGCAUUGGAAGACUUUUCGUCUCAAGGAGACAAUGCGCUGGGUGCCUUUAACCCGUGGGGAGGCAGCUAUAAAGAGGAGAUCAACAUCACUACAAACGGGAAUGUGAGCUUCAAGAAACGUGGCCAGAAGAAGCAGAAACGUAGGAGGAUACACACUGACGAUGAGUAA